AGAGCAUGUGGACGCUGAAAAAUGUAGCUGUAAAACAUGGAGGAUCGGUCUCUAUUCCAUGUCUUUAUGAGGAACAAUACAAAACAAACUCUAAAUUCUGGUGCAAGGGGUGUUACUGGUCUACCUGCAGCAUAGUAGCUUUUGCAAAUACACAUGGAAGUACAUCGAUAACGGAUUAUCCAGCACAGAAUAUGUUCACUGUGGAAAUGAACCUCGUGUCUGAUUCUGGAUGGUUUUGGUGUGGAGCAGAAAUUGGUAGUUAUUUAGAUGACCGUGAUUAUUUGUACCUGACAGUUAGUGAAGCUCCUGAUCUCUCUGUAGUGAAGAGCAGAGUGAAAGGUAAAGAAGGUGGAAGUGUCACAGUCCAGUGUCUCUACAGUGCUGCGUAUAGGAAUACACAGAAGAAGUGGUGCAGAUUCAGUGACAGGUGCUGCAACACAGUGGGGAAGACUGACACAUCCCAGAAUUCAUCAGUGCACAUCAGUGAUAAUGGGAGAUCCUUCAGUGUGGAGAUAAGAGGACUGAAGAAAUGUGAUGCUGGCUGGUACUGGUGCAGUGCAGGAGAUCUGCAGGUUCCUGUUCACAUCAGUGUUGGUGAUGAAGCUCCAGGAACCUCUGUAGCCCAACUAGGGGCCAUGGAGGCCAAAGGUGAUUAGCAUCUUAUUUAUUUCCAUUUUUAGCCGUGGUAAGAUCUCCAGU